AUGGACCAGUUAUGUGUUAUGAUAGGAGGCCUAUACGAAACAAUAGUAUUUCCAGCUGUAGUCCUUGUAACAGCUGUAAUUUCUGUCGUUUUCUUAAUUAGAAAUCUUCCUUUCAUUAAUCCUUCUCCAUGUUCAUUAUUCAUAACGAUUUACAUCCAAUGCUUCGUAUUUUCUAUCAAUCCAUUCAUUUCAAGGUUCAUUUCUAAGAGUAUUACCUUUAUUUUCGUUAUUGAUUUGAUUAUUUUCGUAAUUUUGUAUUUCAUUGGCCGUUUGAUUGUCUCUAAGCGUACAAAGUCAGUUGCCAGUGUAUUGCAUGGCCUUCAUUAUGAAGAAAACGAAGAAGAAGAUCAACAAGAAUUAUAUGCUUUAAUUGCUGAGUCAAAACCAAAGAAACGGGUUGAUUAUACAGUUCUUAACAUAAAACGACCUUAUACAGCUGGUUUAUUAAUGAGAGUCGGAUUUCUUUAUAAUAUCGAAGACGUAACAAGUUUAGAUUUCAUUAAAUUCGUUUGCAACCAAUUUACAGAUGCUAGACUCUAUUUCUCGGCGGCUCAGAUCGCUUACGCUCUUCAAACAAAUCUUAUUUACAUUGCAGAAGUCCAGAAGCUUUGCAGUUCAUCAGGAUCAUAG